AUGACUGUCAAUACUAUAAUUAUAGUUGCCGUUAUUAAGAUUAUCGAAACAAAAUUAGCUGGUAAUGACGAAGUUGGAGAUGAAGAAUUCGAUGCGGUGAUAUUCAAAGUUGCUGAAGGAGUAGUG